GUGUUUGGGACCUGAUCGUUUGCGAUGGUUUGCAGGCUGUCGUCCUGAUCGCCUUAGGUGUUGUCAAGCUGUGGAGAUCGAGGCUCCUGCAAGAAGAUACAGAAGGCAUCCUCGAAAUGCUAAGCAUGCGAGAUGGUGAGCCGCUCGCUGGAGGCGACAUUGUCAAGGCAGCGCUGGCCCUUGAAGUGCAAAUCGCGCCCGGCAGCAUCAGCGAUGGGACCGGCGUGAGGCCGAGCAAACUCUUUGCCGAGUGGGAGACUGCAUGUCCAGCUGAAGUUGAAGACUUCAGGAGGGCAGAGGCUGAGAUUUGCGCUAGCAAGGAUGACUGGUACCAAUCAGAGUCUCAAGAUUCUGAUGCAGUCGUUAGCAUCGGCGAGGGUGGCUGGUGCGAUGAGGGUGCCGAAAGAGGUGUCACAGGAGCGACGAGGUCCGACCAGCGCUGCACGAGCAUAGCCCCGGUGUGCUCGGAAAUGCAGGCCCAGGAUCAAGUCUCGCCAGCUGCAAGCGAGUCAGGACCACCUGAUGCCGAAGGAGGACAGGUUGCCUCAGUCUCACACACAAUCGCAGCCGAGGCCAAGGUCGCCGUGAACCCAUCUAUGCCUGUGCGAAAGCCAUCCAGGUCUACGGCUGGAUCGCGAAACGGCGGCAAACGCGCCGAGGGCGAUCGAGGCCGAGCACCAGGAAAUCCAAAGCGCUCCUCCUCGUUGGGAUGUUUGGUUGGACCACUUCAGCCACGUCCCCAGAGUUGCCGGACGAUGUCUUGCCACAGCCCACAGCACCAAUCUGCACGCGACUACUGCAAACAAAGUAAUUCGACAUAG